AUGGAAUCUGAACAGACACGUCUACUACACGAUGACUUUCCCAACGACAAGUAUAUUUCGCGAUGGAUAGCAGCUCACCCGAAGAUAUCGAGGCGUAAGUCGCAACUUCUUGAUGCUAAACGCGCGGUGUCGUCAACGUCUGAUGCUGUCAUGAGGUACUUUAGCAAUCUGCAGGAGGAGUUAAAGAAAUUGGAUAUCUUGGACAAACCUGAACGCAUUUGGAAUUGUGAUGAGACCGGCAUUUGCCCACAAGGAUGCGGUGGAGAGCGCGUUAUCUGUCCAAAGGGUCUUAGAGCGAACAUCCAGGGCUAG